AUGUCACAAACAUGGUGGGUUCGUUGGCUUGUUGAAAAGGUACUGGCUAGCAAUUCAGCGCAGGUGGUUGCUUUUUUUGUGACUGCCAGUGCAACAUGCUCUUUGAAUUCCAUCACAUGUUUUUUGAACCCUGAAAGACUUGCUUUCCAGAUCUUGUCUGGGGAAGCUCAAGAGGUGCCUGAUCAAGAGGAACAGGCUCGUGCAAGCAGUGGUGGGGUAUCCAAUCAAAACCAAGAUGGGAAUCCCCUGGAAUCCCUGAUUUGUGCUGAGCUCAACCUCGAGUGCUGGAAAAGGUUUGCAAUAGUGGCACUGAGAACUCCAGCUGGCGGUUCAGAGAUGGCUAGUAGAGCAGUAGGCCUUGGUGGCAGUGGUCCUCAUGUGGGAGUAGGCCAUCCAGGUUGGCCGAGUCUGGAGGGUCACCGUCUAUACCUUUGA